AUGUCUCCCCUGCAGCCUGUCGCCCUGUUCGGGCUCGAGGUCCCCCCAGGAGACAUUCUGGUCCCUGUUAGCCAGUCUUUCCCUGCCACUGUCCGCAUCACCAUGGCAGCAAUUGACCCCACAGAGGAGGUUGAGGACGAUGCCGAGGUUCCCCGUCGGCCGCGCUCUACUCUGAAGCUCGUCAAGCAGUCGAUCGGCGACAUUGACGGCGAGUCUGACGAGGACGACGAGUAUCUGCGCGAUCUUCUCCUCGGCGGAGGCGAUGACGAUGAGGACGAGUCCGAGGAUGAAGACGAGGAGGCCAAUGGUGGUCCCAGCGACCCUUCAAAGUCCAAGAAGGCCCGUCAGGCCGCGGCUCUCAAGGAGCUGCUGGACGCCACCAAGGACGAGGAGGACUCCGACGAGGAGAUGGCCGAUGCUGCGUCUGGCAAGAAGAAGGGCAAGAAGGCCGCCUCCAAGGCCGCCAACGCAAAGGGCAAGGCCAAGGCCACUGACGAGGAGGACGAUGAGGAGUCCGAGGACGACGACGAGGAUGACGAGGACGAUGAGCUCGCCGGCCUUGACCUCGAGCAGUUCGUUGUCUGCACGCUUGACACGGAGGCUCACUACCAGCAGCCGCUGGAGCUCACUAUCGGCGAGGAGGAGAAGGCUUUCUUCGUCAACUCCGGCACCCACACCAUCUACGUCACGGGUAACUACGUCAUCAACGAGGACCAGGCCUCCGACAGCGAGGAAGAGGAAUCCGACGACGACGACUACGAUCUGCCUCCCGAGCUCGACGAGCUGGUCGGCGACGAGUCCGAGGACGAGCUGGAUGACAUUGAUGGUGCUGGGCGUGUCGAGGAGAUCGAUACCGACGAGGAGGAGGUACCCAAGCUGGUCGAGGCGAAGAAGGGUAAGAACAAGCGCGCGGCCGAGGAUGCCGCCGAGGGCCUGGACGAGCUGAUCGCCAAGGAGGGCAAGGAGGACUCCAAGCUCAGCAAGAAGCAAGCCAAGAAGCUCAAGAACAACGAGGGCAAGGCUGUCGCCGCUGAGAAGGACACGCCCAAGUCAGAGAAGAAGGUGCAGUUCGCCAAGAACCUGGAGCAAGGCCCAACUGGCUCGCCCGCUGCUGAGAAGGGCAAGAAGGCCGCUCCUACUGCUGGCGUCAAGGUUGUCCAGGGUGUCAAGAUCGAUGACCGCAAGGUCGGCAGCGGUCGCACCGCCAAGAGCGGUGACAAGGUCGGCAUGCGCUACAUUGGCAAGCUUGAGAACGGCAAGGUCUUUGACUCAAACAAGAAGGGUGCGCCUUUCUCCUUCAAGCUCGGAAAGGGCGAGGUCAUCAAGGGCUGGGACAUUGGUGUCGCAGGCAUGGCCGUCGGUGGUGAGCGCCGACUGACAAUCCCCGCCCAUCACGCCUAUGGCAGCAGGGGCGUCCCAGGCAUCCCACCCAACAGCACACUGAUCUUCGAUGUCAAGCUCCUCGAGAUCAAGUGA